GUAGCGGGGCUCUAUUAUGAUCAUCAUUAGUAUCGGUGUAAUUCUGCGCCUCUAAUUCGUUUCGAAGAACAUAUAGCGGUUUCGAACUAAGCGUUUAACACUCUUAAGGAAAAAUCUACUGUGCGCGCCACGCAGGGCCGCAUGACAUUACUGUCGCCGUAUUGUUACAAAGACGCUCUGACGCAAAGUUUUCCUGUGAAACACUCCCUCUAUCCCUCUCCGGAUCCUCGUCAAGUCAACUUGCAGGUGUCGAGAGAGAGCGUGUUGGUUGGAGCGCUGCAACGGGGCUCGGUGCUCAACUCCGGCGGAGUCCCGAAAACUGGGCAAUCUGUGUUAGACAUGUGGGCGCCGAACGGCUUAACGCAAGGCGAAAGAGGACUUUAGUGAGGUGGGAGAAGCUAUAUAACCAAAGAUUCAGGCCUGCUGGCCCACCAAAAGGGAGGAGUGACUGAAGAAGGCUGGGAAUACGAGAACGAAAACGGGCUCUUGAUAGAAGUAGGAAGCGAGAGUCGUGGCUAAAGUCUGCCCUCCCCCCUCUCUCCCCCGGGGAGGAAUAGCCAGACAAGCUGGGAGAGAGGGAGGGAAGAGACUAACACUGGCAACAGAAAAUUCCCGGCGUCUAUGGAGGUGAUUUCUGUCCCAGAGUGUUCAUGAUCCCAGAACAGUUGUGGUUUUUUGUACAGGACAAGAACUGAAGGAUUUAUUUUGUUAGCCAGACACAGGCUAGGGAAUCUCUCCCUUCCUGAUGGCUCUCCAGAUUGUUCCACUAUUGUGUGGGAUUUUGGCAAUCAUCUUGACCUCACUGGACUUCCACAUUUCAGGGCAGAAAAUAUAUGGCAACACAUGGGCCGUCCAUAUUAUAGGUGGUGCAGAAGAGGCAGACCAGAUAGCCUUGAAACACGGAUUUGUUAAUCAUGGAAAAAUCUUUGGAAACUACUACCAUUUUCACCACAAUGCAGUAAGAAAGCGAUCUCUUUCAGGACAUCAUUCUCUACACCUUAAACUACAGCUUGAGCCCAAGGUGAGAUGGACGGAGCAGCAGGUCAUUAAAAAACGGAAAAAGAGAGAUCUAUAUAUUGAGCCUUCUGAUCCAAAAUUUUCACAGCAGUGGUAUCUGAGCAAUGUUAAUCAGCAUGACCUGAAUGCUCGAGGGGCCUGGGAGCAGGGUUUCACUGGAAGAGGUGUGGUUGUGUCAAUCCUAGAUGACGGAAUUGAAAAAGAUCAUCCAGAUCUUGCACAGAAUUAUGAUCCUGAAGCUAGUUAUGAUGUAAAUGAUAAAGAUGCUGAUCCUCAGCCUCGGUACACACAACUUAAUGACAACAGACAUGGAACACGCUGUGCUGGAGAGGUGGCAGCAGUUGCUAACAAUGGAAUCUGUGGAGUUGGUGUAGCAUACAAUGCCAAAAUUGGAGGUGUCAGAAUGCUGGACGGAGAGGUGACUGAUGCAGUAGAAGCUCAAUCACUCAGCCUGAACCCUCAACAUAUUGAUAUUUAUAGUGCUAGCUGGGGCCCAGAAGAUGAUGGAAAGACUGUUGAUGGGCCUGCUAAACUAGCAAAGGAGGCAUUUCUACGUGGAGUUUCUGAGGGCCGUGGAGGACUAGGUUCUAUUUUCGUGUGGGCAUCAGGUAAUGGCGGAAGGGAGCAUGACAGUUGUAACUGUGAUGGAUAUACCAACAGCAUCUACACCCUCUCAAUAAGCAGCACCACUCAGUUUGGUAAUGUUCCUUGGUAUAGCGAAGCAUGCUCAUCAACUCUUGCUACGACUUACAGCAGUGGAAAUGUCAAUGAGAAGCAAAUUGUUACAACAGAUCUCAGACAAAAGUGUACGGAUUCUCACACAGGAACUUCAGCUUCUGCACCACUUGCUGCAGGGAUCAUUGCCCUUGCCCUAGAAGCAAAUAAAAAUCUAACUUGGAGGGACAUGCAGCAUAUUGUUGUUCAGACUUCACUUCCUGCUCAUCUUAAUACCAAUGACUGGAAGACAAAUGGGGUUGGACGCAAAGUCAGUCAUUCUUAUGGCUAUGGAUUAUUGGACGCUGGUCGCAUGGUAACAGUGGCCCGUAACUGGACUAGUGUUGGGCCUCAGCACAAAUGUGUCCUUGUACUGCUUUCUGAGCCCAGGGACAUUGGCAGUCACCUUGUGGUCGCAAAGUAUGUUGAUGCAUGCAUCGGAAAGUCCAACUAUGUCAGCUCCUUGGAGCAUGCUCAAGCACGGCUCACCCUCUCCUACAACAGACGUGGAGACCUUGCUAUUUACCUGAUAAGUCCUCAAGGCACCAGAUCAACCCUCCUUGCACCAAGACCUCAUGAUUUCUCUUCAGAAGGAUUUAAUGACUGGGCGUUCAUGACUACUCACUCUUGGGAUGAAGACCCACGAGGUGAAUGGACACUAGAAAUUGAAAAUGCUUCAGGAGGCAGUGACUACGGUACACUAAAACAGUUCAUCCUUGUCCUUUAUGGGACUGGUUCAAAUUCCCCCAAUUUUUCUUCAUCUGAUUCCAGCCAACCCAGGAACAGCAGUUGCCGGAGCACUAAUUCAGAGCAAAUAUGUAUAGAGUGCAAUCCUGGAUUUUACCUGUACCAGCAGAGCUGCGUAAGGGACUGUCCACCUGGCUUUACCCCUGCACAAAAGAGUACAGACAACAUAAUGGAAAAUGGCAUGGAAACAUAUUCUGUGCAGGCCUGCCUUGCUUGUCAUACGUCCUGCCUUACCUGCCAAGGAAUCAACCCUACUGACUGCCUAUCCUGCCCACCUCAUAACCACCUCAGCACUUCUUCACAUACCUGUUCCCACCAAAAUCAAAUCCAGCGUGAGUCCCCAGACACUCAGACACUGUUGGAAAAUACAAGCUCUUUUUUAUCAGAGCUGGCCCCUCCACUCCCUGUUAUGAUGGCUGUUUUAAGCUGUGCCUUCAUAGUUGUAGCCUUUGUUGUGGUGUUUGUUGGGCUGCAGCUGAAUUCUGGUUGUAAACAUUCCAGCAGACAGAACAAACUUCGCACACUGGAAGCCGUUGUCAGAAAUGGCAGCUUUGGAAUCGGCAGGGGUGGUGUAUUUUCAUAUAAAGGAAUUCCUUCUGGCUUAUGGAAAGAAGAUGGGUUUAACUCAGAGUCAGAAAAUGAUGACAUAGAAGCUCACAGUGAAAGGACUGCCUUUAUAAAAACACAAAGUGCCCUUUAACUUGUUUCUCUCCUUUCAGGAUGUGUCUCUUUUUGUCAUCAAUCUGACAAUAUUGCAAACUUGUUCCCAUCCCUGGUCUAAUUUGUGGAUCAUUACACACCUUAUGAUGGUGGCGGUUUGCUCAGGUUAAUUGAAAGAUUAAGGAUAAAAGAAAUUUAUGGAGUAAUUUAAUCUGUUUAGAGGGGUGAUUGGGUUGAUUGCGAAUCUCCACAUUAACGAAUAUAUGAAAAGGGCUUUUUUUCUGCCAUGCAUCCUCUGGUGUGUGUAUGUAUGUGUGUGUGUAUAUUUUUUUCUUCCUGGCAAUUUUUUUAUUUUUUCCCCUUUCACCAAGUGUUUUACAUUAAGAAACAUUUUUUCUAUGCAUUGUAAAUGUUUGUUAAAAGACUGGACACUUUGUGUAAUUUAGCUGCCAGACCCUGGCAGACAGAGCUGUGCUCCUCAAAAUAUAAAAAAAAAUCUUUCUCAAU